GAAUACCAUAAUUCACAACGUUGAAUAUCCAAAAUCACAAUAAUAUGAACUCCUCCAACAUCUUGAUUCUUGACCAAUAAUCUGGCAAAUUUUACAUAAACUUUCCCUUCCUUCUCUCUUUCUACACUUCCAUCACCUCCAAAAACCUCUUUUUUUUUCCCUAAAAUGAACAAAUGAAGAUAAUUAUUGAUUAAGCAAGAAUAAUUAACCCCACCUACUCUCAAUUUUUUAUACAUUUCCGAGAUUCCAACGGUUUCUUUCAUAAGCACCCAUCUCCGUUCUUCCCCAGCCGAAAAAUUCCCAGAGAUUUUGGUGGGAAAUUGGAGAUUUUUUGGUGGGUUAAUGAAAAACAAAAAUCUCAAAGAAUUUGGAGAAUUAUUUUUCUGAAGAAAAUUUUUGGUGGGUAAAUUCUGAAUUCUAAAAUGCACAACAUCUUAACUCAAAAGCUUCGAGAUUUGGACGCCUACCCUAAAAUCAAUGAAGAUUUUUACAAAAGAACUUUCUCUGGUGGUGUUGUCACCCUUGUUUCUACUAUCAUCAUGUUCUUCCUCUUCUUCUUCGAGCUCUCAUCAUAUCUGCAUACAGUUACAGAGACGACCCUUGUAGUGGAUACAUCUAGAGGGGGAACCCUUCAUAUCAAUUUCAAUGUUACUUUCCCAGAAAUUCCUUGCACAAUUCUCAGUGUUGACGCUGAAGAUAUUAGUGGAGAGCGGCAUUUUGACAUAAGGCAUGACAUAGUGAAAACAAGAGUUGAUGCUCAUGGGAGAAUGAUCGAAGCUAAGAAAGAUGGCAUUGGAGCUCCAAAGAUUGAGAAGCCUUUACAGAAGCAUGGUGGUAGGCUUGAACACAACGAGGAGUAUUGUGGUUCAUGUUAUGGAGCAGAAACGUCUGAUGACCAUUGUUGCAACUCUUGUGAAGAAGUUCGUGAGGCUUACAGAAAGAAGGGAUGGGCAUUGACAAACAUGGAUUUGAUUGAUCAGUGCGAAAGAGAAGGAUUCUUUCAGAAGAUUCAUGAGGAAAAAGGUGAAGGAUGUAAUAUUAAUGGAUUUCUGGAAGUUAAUAAGGUGGUAGGAACUUUUCACUUUAUUCCUGGAAAGACCUUCCAUAUGACGGAAUUCAGUUUUGAUGAUCUGUUUGCAGUUCAAAAGGACAACUACAAUAUAAGUCACAGGAUCCACAGAUUAGCUUUUGGGGACUAUUUUCCUGGCGCUGUAAACCCUCUGGAUGGGGUACCUUGGUUGCAAGAGACAACGAGUGGAUCGUACCAGUAUUUUCUCAAGGUCGUCCCAACAAUAUACACCGAUGCAAAACAACGUACUAUCCAUUCUAAUCAGUUCUCUGUGACAGAGCAUUUUAAGAAUUCAGAAUCAGGACGCUAUCAGACUAUUCCUGGGGUUUUCUUUUAUUAUGAUCUAUCUCCAGUCAAGGUAAAUUACACGGAGAAGCGCAUGUCUUUUUUGCACUUCAUGACGAAUGUCUGUGCAAUAAUUGGAGGUACUUUCACAGUUGCAGGGAUAGUAGACUCCUUUGUAUAUCAUGGUCAAAAAGCUAUGAAAAAGAAAGUGCAGAAGAAAUUUGGUUGAAUUGCUGCUGAAGCACAAAGUUUUCCAAGUCUCAAAUCUCGUGGUUGAAAAUGGUGUGAAGUGAAUGGAUAUGGUAGCACUCGAGUAUGACUCGGUGGCUGUGAUUUGGGCUCAGUUUGCCGUGGUGUGGUAUGUUAGACAUUUUUGGUCUGUGGAUUUGCUUGAUUGUUGAGCAGUUACAAAGCAAUUGGCCAUUCGAUUUUGCUUAAAUUAUACUGUAUGAUUGAUGAUGUACAUAUAUGUUAAAGAGGUCUCUUACCACAAAUGUUACUCAUAUAUGACCUAGUUGAAAAUUAGGUACAGGUGCUGAGCAUACUCUUUUUUCCAAUGUAUACGCUAUGUAAGACACAUUAAUCAUAGGCAUUGUUAUUUUUGAAUGUAAAUUUCCCUAUGGGGAACUUCAAGUUCCAUUUACUUAGCAUUA